UAGAAAUAAAAAAUUUUUAAAAAGAAAGAGUAAAUGGGUAUGAAAUAUAUUUUAUUUCAGAUUUUUAUAUGAUACAUUAUACUUUAUGACCAAAAUUAUGAUGCCUUUUUCUAUUUGGGAAUCCUAGGCAAUUGCCUUAAGGUUGAGCCAAUGACAAUCAAAACCAUAUCAAUGUAAUGAUUGACAUUUUUUUAAUGGAAUCCAAGAGUGUGGUUAUUGCCCUUGUCCACUCAAACCCUCUUGCAUGAUGUGGAACUUCCCCAGCAAUAGUGGGGCUUGUCUCAACUUAAACCUACAACUUCUAAACUCACAAUCGUGAUGGAUUACAAGAACUUCUUACCACUAAGCCACACUUUCGAGUGGUAAUGUAAUGAUUGACCUAGUAACGUGGAUUUUAUGACUAGGAUGAAUGGGUUUGUGUAACUUGUAGAAAGUUAUAUUGUAGUUGGUUAACUAAAAUCCGUUAUGUACCUUUCACAAUUAUUUGCAAUGCAAUAGAUGUUAUUCACCUUUUAUUUGGCUUUGGCAUACUAUUGUAGUUGUGAUAUCAGAUACUAAAAGGCAUCUUGAUACAACUUGAAAUUAAAAGCUUCUGUUAGCUACUCUUACAUUAGGUGGAUAAUUAUUCGAUAGAAUAGCACAAAGCAACAUAUUUCACAGGGAAUGCAAAUCACAAAAUGCACAUUGAUGGGACUGACGAACUCACCUUCCUUGGACGACAUCAUCAAAUAUACACAUCCACCUUAGCACAACACGGACGAACACAGGAGAACCAUUAAUAAGAGCAUUCAAUGCCGUGGACAAUUACCAACCAGUGUGCAGACUGUUGGAGCCUCAUUGAAACCUAUAUUCAUGAGCCCUAAGGCAUUACAAAAGGGCACUAAAGCCACAAGUAAGGCCCCAACGGCUAGGAACCAUGAAACCAUAUAUAUACACAAUGAUCAGAAACAAACCAGGUACAUAGACUCACCUAAAAAGUAUUCAUAGAUACUCUGAUAUUUCAAACUCUCUUAUUGUUCUCUAAAAAUUCUCAUAUACUGACUUUGGCAUCGGAGACGUGAUGGCAAGCACCACACCGAUGACCACCUUAAGGGAGCCAUUGUUUUACAUUUGUAGAGAUAGUGACGAGGACCUAGCUCCAUCUGGACGAACCUACGAGAUUAACGAUUCGCACUUCAUCACACAUUUCACUAUUUGAACAUUUGAAUUGAAAUCAUAAUUCAAAGUUACAUUUCACAAUCUGCACAUUUGAUUUAAACCCUAUUUUGUAUCUUUAAAUUCAAAAACACAUUUUCAAAAGUCACAUCCAGCUGGCAUGGAACUACAGAGGAUUAAGUAAAAACCAACAUCAUUGUCUAACACAACACGCUUGCUUUCUUAUCACCUACUUAGAGUUCUACGUGUACAUUUAAGUUGGAUUAAUAAGGGUGGUAUGGAUAUGUUAUUAGACGAGAAUAUUAGACUGAGUGUUUGUGUUUACACUUUUUUUAAAAGAAUAUGGGUUUACAUUUUAAAUUAUUUACGUCCUAACUUCUAAUCAUAGAUAUGUGUUCAUGAGCAAAUAUAGUAAAAUUCUUAAAACGAUACACCGGUUAACAAGAUUGAGAGUGGGAAGUGAGUAAAACAUAGUGCAUUCAGUAGCAACUUUUAAUAGUCUAUUACCAGCUAUUAAUUAAAGGGGUAAAAAUAAAUUAAAAAAGAAAAACAUGAUGUCUUUUAAAGGUGGUGUACCGUAGGGCUGUCCAAGAGACCCAUCGACCCGUUCAACCCGGCCAACCCGCCCGAGUUCAACCCACCACCACCCGAUCCAAUGACUCUGACAGUCGGACAUGGGUUCCAAACUAUCUAACCCGACCCCAGCGGGUUGAUUGUCGGUUUUUCAUUUCAAAACCCAUGAAACCCGACCCAAACCGGUACCUUUAAUGUUUCUGGCAAAAUAUUAAGCAUUCCAGACCAAAUCCGAGGAGAUUACGCCGAGUUCUGGUCUAGAUUCUUCGAGAUGCGGUAAGAUCUCACCAUUAUCCAAUGAAAUCUAGGCCAGAUCUCGCUAAAUCCGGCUAAAUAUCGACCUCAGUAAUAAAACCCAAGACCGACCCAAUACAACCCGAAACCAACGAGACACGAAUUGAAAAAUCCGACCAAAUCAUCCAGGUCGGUUUCGGGUCAUAUUUUCAUCCACUUGACUCAUUCAAGUCAAGUCCAAGCUGGGCACAAAUCUGACCUGACCUGACUCGUGGACACCUCUAGUGUGCCUCUUAUACUUUUUAAUAAAUAAUAUAUCUAUCUCUUACCACACAAAAAAAAAUAUAUGGAACAUAUGUGCCACGUCAUUGGUUGAAAUUUCCAAAUGUACUUUAUUGUAUUUUAUUUAUUUUUGUCGUGUUGAUUAUUUAAUAUUUUUUCCAUUUUGGCAAUUUCCAAAUGCAUCUGUUGAGUCUUGUAGUUUUAUGGUCCUAUUGCAUAUUAUUAUAAGUUACUGGCCGACAAAAGAUGAUUAAGGGUCAGUAAAACUGAAAAUCGACUAAUUAAUAUUUUAUCUGAUAAAUAUCAUGCAUUUGGUGUUUUAUACUAUCCAUAUCUGACUAAAGGAUUUGGAAUCGGUAAACAAACAAUAAAAAUGUUAGGCACAAUACAUAUACAUGUUUUACAUGAACACAUACCUUUGCAUUAGCCAAAGAAACAAAAGCACAAAGGUUCUGAACAAUUAUGCAGCCCUGGACAUCACGAUGCCUAUUGGAGCCAAAUGUGGAGCUGCUAUAUUGAUUAAUCUAGAUAGUUUAGUCACUACAUGAUUCAUAGAGUUACAAAACAGUUACAAUUACAAACCUUGGUUAAGAGGUAUGUUAGCCCAAUAGCAUAAGCUGAGCAAUCUUACUUUGUGUGCAAGUCAGUUCUCUUACUUGUACUACAAAUCUAAAAAUAAUAAUUAGCUUCUAGUUUGAUUCAACUAGUAUAGUUUGUUCUUCUUGAAUAAAGAACUUAAGAUCAACUUGCAUACAUCAAAAAGAUACAUAUUGUUAUCUUAGUCUAAUAAUAAUGGAUAAUUAUCAUGCAGGACCAUUCAAUAGAAGCUUAAAUCCUGUUGUAUGUAUAAAACUAACAACAUUUUGUGUUAAUAUGAAAAUCAAUAAACACAUUCUUCAUGCACACUUUUUAAAAUAUAUAUAAAUAAAGCAAUACCACUCCAAAAUAUUAGAGACCAAUUCGUUGUUGGGGGAUUACCGCAGACGGCAAUAAAAAAUAUAAAAAUAAUGGUGAAAGGAUCUCAAUGGUAUCUUUACUCAUAUCUUGCAAUACCACUCCAAAAUAGAGACCUGUUAAGGGAUUACCACAAAAGGUAAUAAAAUAUUAAAAGUAAUGGUGAAAGGAUCUUAGUGGUAUUUUUUUAUUCCUAUUUGGCAACAGUUCUUUCUUUUCUUUUCUUUUUUGAGCAAACCGUUCUUUCUUUAUAAGUGUAUAUAUAUCGGAACCUGCGACCUGAAAGGUCUCAACACAGCUAUAAGUAAAAGAUUGCUGAAACUGAGAGAGAUGGAAAAAAAACAAAGGGAGGAAAAAUGGAACGAGGAAGAACAAGCAGAAGUGGAUAUCUGGAAAUACAUACUUGGGUUCACAGAAAUGGCUGUAGUCAGGUGUGCCAUUGAGCUUGGGAUACCUGAUGCCAUUGAAAGCCAUGGAAGUCCCAUGACACUCUCUGAGUUGUCAUCAACUCUAAAAUGUGCCCCUUCACCUCUCUACCGCAUUAUGAGGUUCCUAAUGCACCGGGGAAUAUUCAAAGGGACACUCAAUAGCCAAUGCUCCCCAGGCUAUGCACAAACACCUCUAUCUCGUCGUUUGAUGAAACAUGGAGAACAUAGCAUGGCUGCUUUGAUUCUGCUAGAGAGUAGCCCAGUGUUGUUGACACCAUGGCUUAGUCUAAGUGCACGUGUUCUAGACGAUGAUACUUCAUCAUUUGAGGUGGCACAUGGUGAAGAUAUAUGGAGCUAUUCAGCUGCAAAUCCUGCUCACGGCCAACUUAUCAAUGAAGCAAUGGCUUGUGAUGCCAGGGUGUUGGUGCCUGCAAUGAUUCACGGCUGCCCUGAGGUGUUUGAUGGGCUUGGCAGUUUGGUCGAUGUGGGUGGUGGCAAUGGAACAACUUUGAAGGUGUUGGUUAAGGCAUUUCCAUGGCUUCGAGGCAUCAACUUUGAUCAACCUCAUGUUGUAUCUCUUGCAGGAGUGAUCAGCGGAGUCGAAAAUGUUGGGGGUGACAUGUUUGAAAGUGUUCCAAAGGCUGAUGCUGCUUUCCUGAAGUGGAUUCUGCAUGACUGGGGAGACAAUGAGUGCAUCCAAAUCCUUAAAAAAUGCAGAGAAGCUGUUCUGGAGAACAAAGGAAAGGUAAUAAUUGUUGAUGCUGUGAUUGAAGAAGCAGAAAUAGAUAAGCUAACCGAUGUGAGGCUAGCACUAGACAUGGCGAUGAUGGCUCAUACCAAUAAGGGCAAAGAGAGGACAUUGAAAGAAUGGGGAUUUGUUCUUGGGGAGGCUGGAUUUAGUAGAUACACUGUGAAAACCAUUCCUGCUGUGCAAUCAGUGAUUGAGGCAUUUCCAUAAUUUAUAUAUUUAAGGAACAUGGUGUUGUUGUUGUUGUUUAAGGAACAUGCAUGGAUCUCUAAUUUUAUGUGGUAAUAUGUUGUAAUGGCUACUACUAGAAGACCAGUUUGAGUUGAUGUAGCUCGCUUGGUUUUAAUUGCAAUCUAAUAAUCUAUGAUUAUGAAAA